AUGUCAGUCUUGCUAGAGACCAGCGUCGGCGACAUCACCGUCGACCUGUUCAUCACUGACGCGCCGAAGUCCUGUGAAAAUUUCCUCAAGCUGUGCAAGGUCAAGUACUACAACUACGCGCCAAUCUACAACGUCCAGCGAGAUUUCUCCUUCCAGACCGGAGAUCCCAUAGGACCGGAGUCCAAGGACAGCGAUGGCGGAACCUCGAUAUGGGGCCUACCGGAUGGCGCCACCAAGCGUGCCACAAGGCCGGAGUGCGCGACCUUCAGACCAGACUUCCCAAGCAAGCGGAAACAUGCCGAGCGCGGCAGGCUGAGCAUGGCAACAACUCCAGCCAAGUCCAACCCGGAUGAGCGAGUUGCCGGCAGUCAGUUUAUCAUCACACUUGGUGACACUCUGGAGCAACUCGAUGGUAAAGCAGCCAUCUUCGGCGAGGUCGUGGAAGGCUUUGACGCGCUUGAGAAGAUCAACGCGACGUUUGUCGACUCAAGCGGAAGACCACUGCAGGACAUCAGAAUCUUGCACACGGUGGUGCUCGAGGACCCAUACGAGGACCCGCCUGGACUCAUUGAACCUCCAGCUAGCCCUCUUCCCUCCAAGGAACAACUCGCCACUGUGAGGAUUGCACACGACGAAGUGCUUCAGGAGAGCAACGACCCGGAGCAAAUGGAGCAGAUUCGACGAGAACGUGAAGCGCGUGCCCAAGCACUCACGUUGGAGCUCAUAGGAGAUCUCCCUUUUGCCGACGUCACGCCACCGGAGCAGAUCUUAUUCGUCUGCAAGCUCAAUCCAGUAACACGUGACCAGGACCUGGAACUCAUAUUCUCACGCUUUGGCAAGAUCCUGUCAUGCGAGGUCAUCCGGGAUAAGAAGACUGGCGACAGCCUUCAGUACGCUUUUAUCGAAUUCGCAAACAAGGAGGAUUGCGAGCGUGCUUAUUUCAAGAUGCAAGGAGUCUUGAUCGACGACCAUCGCAUUCAUGUCGAUUUCUCCCAAAGUGUCUCAAAGCUCUCCGCUGACUGGCGUCAAACGACAAACUCGAAAACUGCGAGAUCUCGGGGCGGUUUCGGGGGUAUUGACAGCCUGGAGAAGAGGAAGCAAUACCGAUCGAAUGACGGAGGCCGUGGUGGUGGCGGUGGUGGUGGUGGACGUCACUACGACUAUGUCUUCGACAAAGACGAUCGAGGCAAGCGUCGUGGUGAAGACCGCGAUCGAGAUGAUCGCGACCGGGAUUCGCGGCGACAUCGGUCAAGAAGCCGAAGUCCGAAGCGUCGGGAGAGGCAUGAGCCUGGCCAGAGAGACGAUCGAUAUCGGGACGAGCGAAAACGGCCCCGGAGUCGAGACGGGUAUCGUGACGACCGCGAGAGUAGAGAUAGUCGCUCUAGACGCUACUGA